CCAAGGAAACGAAACUGACUGACUCUGAGGGCAGAAUAGAGAGAGGUUAGCAGAUUCACGGAGCCAGCUCGGCAGCCACAGGCUCUGCCGUCCCUGCCCUGAGUAUGACGUGGGAGAGGAAACUCCAGGAUACCCCCUCGGGGCAGCUGGACAAGUUCAUCGAAAGCUAUCUCCUGCCAGACACGCGUUUCCGCAGGCAGGUCCGACGAGCCAUCCACAUCAUCUCCAGUUUCCUGAAGGAGAGGUGUUUCCAAGAUGCAUCCCACCCUGUGCGGGUGUCCAAGGUGGUCAAGGGUGGCUCUUCGGGCAAAGGCACGACCCUGAGAGGCCGAUCUGACGCUGACCUUGUGGUCUUCCUGAGCAACCUCACAAGUUUUCAGGACCAGCUUGAGAACCGGGCGGAGUUCAUCUGGGAGAUUAAGAAGCAGCUGGAAGCCUGUCGAGAAGAGGAGGUCUUCGACGUGCAGUUUGAAGUGCGGGGUCUGCGAUGGGCAAAGCCCCGAGCCCUGAGCUUUGUGCUGAGGUCCCCCCAGCUCCAGGAGGGGGUGGAAUUUGAUGUCCUGCCUGCCUUCGACGUCCUGGGGCAGUGGACCAAUCUCUACAGACCUGACCCCCAAAUCUACAUCAAUCUAAUCCAAGAGUGCCAGGACCUGGAGAGAGAGGGAGAGUUCUCCACCUGCUUCACAGAGCUACAGCGAGACUUCCUGAAGCAGCGUCCAACCAAAGUGAAGAGCCUCAUCCGCCUAGUGAAGCACUGGUACCAACUGGCUGGGGUUUUGCUCUGCCAGGAGGGUCUGCGUCCCCCCAGACACAGCCCUAGCGCCUCACCUGUCCCGGGCUCCCUGUUCCUCUCCAGGCCUGUGAUUCUGGACCCAGCCGACCCUACAGGAAACGUGGCGGGUGAAGACCCGAGCCGCUGGCAGCGGCUGGCGGAAGAGGCUAGCAUCUGGCUGAGUUACCCCUGCUUUACCAAAUGGGACGGGUCUCCAGUGGGCUCCUGGAACGUGCAGCCGGAAGAAGACUACUCACACUACUGGGCAACCUGUGAGCACAGGACAUAUCAGCACCAUGAUUACGAAUGGCACCCUGCAGCCUCUAGGAACAUCGGCACCAGCCUGGCACCGUCCACUCCUCAGGAGGCAGAUAACUGGAUGUGUGCCAUCCUCUGAAUGCCAGCCCGUCUCAGGGGAAAGGUCUCCAGAAUCAGCUAGACCAGCCCCCUCAGUUUGGGGUCAGAGUGGGGGGGGGCAGUCCCUUGAUCUGGACAGCCCCCAAAGCCAGCAGCGAGUGGUGUCAGACCUCAGACCAGAACCCAGGUCCCCUGGCCCCCACCCUUCUCCUAUUCUAUGGUCUGUCUUCCAUCAUAGAUAACAUUUCCCUGCACCCACCCACCCCCAGCUCGUUCUCUGACCGUGUUCUCUGAGGGACAAGCAGAGCCUUCACCAUAUUCUUUUUCCUAGUGGGAGAGUUCAUGUCCAACUGAUCAUCAAUAACAAUAAAAAAGAACAGCAGA